UACCCACGUUGUGACCUCUCCCUCAGGCCCCCCUCUGCCUCAUAACACGGAAGCAUGGCGGCUGCCCAGGGUUCCCCGAUGUCCAUUUGUUCACAGCGAAGGCUGAGGAUUAUCACUGGUCAUUUGCAGCCUGGAGCCGCGGCCAACCUCACUACCAACGAAUGCAAGGCCCCGAAAGCACCCGUUGCUUCAGGCGCCAUCCCUAAGAAGCGGCAGGAACUUCUGAAGUGGAAUGGAUGGGGCUACAAUGAUUCCAAGUUCACCUUUAAUAAAAAAGGCCAAGCCGAGUUCACUGGCAAAAGGUACAAACUCGGUGGUAUGGUAUUACCAGCCUUGAGAGAAUGGAUGGAGAAGACGUUUGGUGCAAGUUUGGAUCACAAAACAACCUCUAGAGUGUCUUUCAAUGUAAAUGAUGCCCCAGCACCUGUUGUAAAUGAAGAAUUUCUACAGGGCAUUAAAGCCAAUGGAAUUUCAUAUUCCCAAGAUGCUGAAGACAGAGUUUUUCGAGCUCAUGGUCACUGCCUACAUGAAAUAUUUGCGCUCAGGGAAGGAGUUUUUAAAAGAAUCCCAGACCUAGUUUUGUGGCCAAGUUGCCAUGAAGACGUUGUAAGGAUUGUGGACCUGGCCUGUAAACACAAUGUGUGUGUGAUUCCUUUCGGAGGUGGAACAAGUGUUUCUAGUGCAUUGGAGUGUCCAGAGGACGAGAAAAGAACAAUUGUUUCACUGGAUACUUCACAAAUGAACAGAAUACUCUGGAUAGACGAGAAGAACUUAACAGCACAUGUGGAGGCUGGGAUCACUGGGCAAGAUUUGGAAAAGCAGCUUGGGGAAAGUGGCUACUGCACAGGCCAUGAGCCAGAUUCCAUGGAGUUCAGCACACUGGGCGGCUGGGUGGCCACAAGAGCUUCGGGGAUGAAAAAGAACAUCUAUGGAAACAUUGAAGAUCUGGUUGUUCAUUUAAAAGUGGUAACGCCUAAAGGAAUAAUCGAAAAGAGCUGUCAAGGGCCAAGAACAUCCAUGGGACCUGAUAUUCACCAUUUUAUUAUGGGAUCUGAAGGAACACUUGGAGUGGUUACUGAAGUCACAAUUAAAAUCAGACCGGUUCCAGAAUAUCAAAAGUAUGGUUCGGUGGUAUUUCUGAAUUUCGAGAGCGGUGUGGCCUGCUUAAGAGAAGUAGCGAGACAGAGGUGCGCACCUGCAUCAAUUCGCCUUAUGGACAAUGCACAAUUCCAGUUUGGGCAUGCUCUUAAACCCCAAGUGGCCUCAAUUUUUACUUCAUUUUUGGAUGGCUUAAAAAAAUUCUACAUCACAAAGUUUAAAGGCUUUGACCCGAACCAACUAUGUGUAGCAACGUUGUUGUUCGAGGGCGACCGUGAAAAAGUUCUGCAGCACGAGAAGCAGGUGUAUGAUAUAGCGGCGAGGUUUGGUGGUCUGGCAGCAGGCGAGGAUAAUGGACAGAGGGGCUACAUGCUGACAUUUGUCAUCGCUUACCUUCGGGACCUUGGUAUGGACUACUAUUUAAUUGGAGAGUCGUUUGAAACUUCAGUCCCAUGGGAUAGAGUCCUGGAUCUCUGCCGCAAUGUUAAAGAACGGAUUGUCCGAGAAUGCAAAGAAAGAGGUGUUCAGUUCCCUCCGUUUUCUACUUGCAGGGUCACUCAGACCUACGACGCUGGUGCCUGUGUUUAUUUCUACUUUGCUUUUAACUACAGGGGUAUAAGUGACCCUGUUCAUGUCUAUGAAGAAAUUGAGUAUGCUGCUAGGGAAGAAAUCCUUGCAAAUGGAGGAAGUCUUUCUCAUCAUCAUGGAGUGGGCAAGUUGAGAAAACAGUGGCUGAAGGACAGCAUUUCAGAUGUUGGUAUUGGAAUGCUCAAGUCGGUCAAGAAUUUUGUGGAUCCUGACAACAUCUUUGGAAAUAGAAAUCUUUUAUAAACAUCACUGUCUGUAAUGUUA